AUCGGAUUCUAGUAUUCAAAGUUAUUUCAGAAUGCAACAUCAGAAAGUUAUGCUUUUAAUUUUUAUAAUAUGCUUUUUAGCAAAACUAUCAUUCGGCUUUAAAUUGCCAGAAAAGAUUCCUGACGUCGAAAUAGCACAUCACCGCAAAUGCCUGGAAUUUAUAAUAUGUACUGAAUCAGAUCCAGAAGCUAAGAAAGCUUUAAAUCAAUGCAGCUUUUCAAAAUUAACAGAAGAGGAAUCAAAUGGCUUCGUAGACCACUUCAACAACUGCGACUUCAUUAACAUCACAAUAGCAAGCAUAGAAGACGGGCUAAAAAAAUAUUGUGAACUCGACAAGCUACUUCAGGAUAAAGUUUAUGAAGAAGUAAUGAAGUUUUCAGUUGAUGGUUACACACAAAUGUGUGCUGAACCUACUCAGGCUCAAAGAUGUGAAGUACACACAGAAAUUAUUGGCUGUCAGAGGGAGCUUUUAGAUACUAUGCACUUGGAAAAUAAAUGUUAAUUAUCUGAAUUCAAGUUCGUCAAUAAUUGAUUUUUUUUUCUUUCAAGAAAUGUUUUGCAUGCUUC